AUGGGUGUCCCAGUUCCGGCGCUAUGCACGGGAUUCCGCGUCUGGCAGUAUCCCGACCAGCUGCUACUGGAGCCGUUGGAUGCGUCCACCAGCUGCCUCGCCAUCAGCCGAUCUGACGGCAGCCUGAGCGUCGGAGGCGAGCCAUCGCUUGCCGGAACGGUCGCAGAGCCCAAGUCGGCGUGCCUUCUCCUGGGCUUCAUCGAGCUGCUUGCAGGCACGUACGUGCUGCUGGUGACGAACCGGCAGCUCGUCGGCGCCUUCAAGGGCGCGCACGUGUUCCGAGCUACGGCUUUUGAUAUAGUGCCGUGCUGCUCCAAGGACUCCCUCACACCAAAGCAGAAAGCGGAUGAGGAGGAGUACCUUGUUCGCCUGCGCUCCGCCAUGUCAGCUCACGGACUCUUCUUUUCCUAUGGCGCUGACAUCACCACCAGGUGUGCUGACGCCAUCAUCCCACGUUUCGCCAGCAUCCAAUCAGCAAUCAACAAGUGUCCAGUCGAGGUCACCCUCAUUGCUCGCCGUGGUGUCGACAGAAUCGGCACGCGCAUGUGGCGCCGAGGUGCGGAUAGCAAGGGUGCGGUGGCCAACUUUGUUGAGACGGAGCAAGUGGUGACGGUGGAUGGCGGCGCUGUUGCAUCCUACGUGCAGAUCAGGGGCUCCAUCCCGGUGCUGUGGGAGCAGAUCGUCAACCUCACGUACAAGCCCAAGCUCCAGACGGUCGUCACAGCCGAGCAACCCUUUGAGGCGCCCUUGAGGCAGCAUCUUAGAGGGCUUAAGGAGAUCUACGGCCCUGUCAUUGCCGUUGACCUAGUCAACCAGGAUGGUGGGGAGAGCCGCAUUGGUUCAGCAUAUGCUGGAGCUGUGAACGCCAUCAAGGACUCUGACUUGCGCUACGUGCCGUUUGACUUCCACCACGAGUGCGGCGCCACCAAGUACCACCAGCUCUCUGUCCUGGACGACCAGAUCAGCAAGGACAUGGAGACCCAGGGAUUCUUCUUGCAAGGCAUGGAUGGGACGGUGCAGAAGCAGCAGCACGGCACAGUGCGCACCAACUGCGUUGACUGCCUUGACCGCACCAAUGUCACUCAGAGCUGGUUUGCGCGGCACGUAUUGGAGGAUGAGCUGAGGCAGAUGGGCCUGCUGGGGAAGGAUGAGCGCGUGGCAGAACACAGCGACUUUGAUGCCAAGUACAAGAUCAUGUGGGCGGAUCAUGGCGAUGACAUCAGCACACAGUACACAGGCACGCCAGCGCUCAAGGGAGACUAUGUGCGGUACGGCAAGCGCAGCCCGGAAGGUUUUCUUCAGGAUGGGGUGAGCGCUGUGAUGCGCUACUUCUUCAACAACUACACUGAUGGCGUGAGACAGGACGGCCUGGAUCUGGUAAUGGGUAACUACACAGUCAAGCAGGGUGCUCCAUCUCCGUUCACACGCACGGGCAUCGAGAGAUACACAAACCUGAGGGUGGCGCUCGUGCUGCUUGUGGCCUCCACGUACCUCUUCCUGCGAAACGUCAUCCCUUCUUCCUCCUCCUCCCCCCUAUCGCCAGUCAUUGCAGCCACCUCAGCUGUGGUCGCAGGCUCAGUGCUCUUCGCCUUGAAGAAAUUCGGCCGCCUCUUCUGCGACCGUCCCCGCUUCUGCUCCCUGCGAUGA